AUGGCAAUGAUCUGCGAAAGUGUACCUCCGAUUGGUUUUCGAAAUUGUUGGGUUACAGGAAGGGGGGAGCAUACUUCAAAAUUGGUGAGUGGUGUUUGUGAUUUCAGAAUGCUGCCAAGGAAUCUACAGAUGAUGCUACAGCUUAGACAGCAUAUUUUGACGGAAUUAACAUCUUUGCCUUCAGUGAGGACGUUGUCAAGGCAAAGUCUUGUAGCUCCUGACCGUUGCCAAUUAAUUUCACAAAUUAGACAUAUAUCUUUCUUCGGAGGCGAUCCACCAUCUUCAACUGCACCAGUGGCUCCUGAAAUAUUGGCUACACCUGCAAAUACACCAUUGGUUUCUACGGAUUCACCGGAUUUUACGCUUAUCGAACAACUGCAGCUGGGCUUGAUAAAAGAUUUUCAGUUGUUUGAUUUCCUUGGUGGGAAUUCAUUGGUCAAAGAGUAUGAACUUUUUUCAUGGUGGAGUCCAGCGUCAUGGUUUCGACUAGCACUAGAAUAUAUGCAUUUUAAUAUUGAUCUACCGUGGUGGCUGACUGUUAUAUGUGCUACAAUAAGUUUACGGUUACUGAUGAUAUUUGUACCGAUUGCUUCUCAUCGACUUAUGGGACGAGUACAAUUACACAAAAAAGAAAUUGAUGAAUUCAAAGAAAAGAUGGAAAGUGCUCAAAGAAGUGGGAAUUUCUUGCAAACAAUGGAAGCUCAGAAAGAACUGAAAGAUUUCUUGAAAACGAAAGAUAUCAAGCUGUAUCGACAGUUUAUGUUUAUGAGUCUUAAUGGCGCUAUCUUUAUGACACAGUUUAUUGCGGUCAAAAAAUUAGCUGAUGUUUCUUUUCCUGGCAUGAGCACUGGCGGUUUGUACUGGUUCAAAGACUUGACCAUGCCUGAUCCUUAUUAUUUGCUUCCAUUAGUUUCUGCUAUUACUGUUGCCGCGGUGUUCAAAAUCGGAGCCGAAACUGGUGGGACAAAUCAAAGUAUCAGUCCGCAGAUACAGAAAAUGCUGACGAGGAUCGGACCAAUUAUGGUUUUCGCAUGUAGUACCAAAGUUUCAUCGAUGAGUUUUCUCUGUUUUCAAAAAUAUGUUCCAAAUAGUAUUUAUUUAAAAUUUUUAAUGCAUAAAAGAUUCCGAAAUUAAAUGUAAGUAAUGCAAGGGAAGAAUGAGUUAUGAUGGGUUUUCCUGUUUUUUAUCAAUUAAGGGCCAUUAAAGUUCAAGCUUUAUUUUUGUAA